AGUGUUUAGUGUAGUAUGUUAUAUAUUUGGGCAUAAUUAAUCACAAAUAUGAAGUUGAUUACUCAGGUUGUUAUUACAUUCUUCUUGGUUACGUUAGGUUCAAGUCAAAAGAAAAGCGACGAAGAUAGCCCUUACGAAUUUGGAUUUACUAUUGAUGGAGAACAGCAUAGGCAUGAGAAGAAAGAUGAAAAAGGAAUUAUUCAGGGCGAAUUCGGAUUUAUAACCGCUGAUGGAAUCUAUCACGUGACAGUGUACGCCACAGAUGAGAAUGGAAAUUUCAAAAUUUUAAGCAUGAGGAAUCUACGAAUUAGUGCAUGCUUAUUUAAAAAUAAGAACUAA